GAUGGUUAAAAGUUAGUAGAAAGUGAGCUGUGAUUGUUGGAAGGGCUAGCGGUAAUGUUUGGAGAGGGCGUAUUUGCUCAAUUAGUUUAGACUUGCAUGACGACAACUGCUUCAAGUAGAAAUAGCUAGAUACAAAGAACGAAAGAAAGAAGCGAACAGCGGUAACUUCACCAAUACUUUUAUCCCGUUUUUAUCUGAACCACAUAAGACUUUUUAAAUGCAACGCUGUUUGAUAUAUGAGAAAACCAUGGCAGGCGAGAUGAAGAACGGCGGGAGUUCACUGAACAACAAUAACUGCAAAGACCACAGCAGGAGGAAGCUACUGGUGGGAGUGGACCUCUUCUGUCUGUUCUUAGCCGGCCUGCCUUUCUUGGUCAUUGAGACCAGCGCUGUUCAGCCUUACCGUAGAGGGUUUUACUGCGACGAUGAGUCCAUCAAGUACCCGGCCAAACACGGAGACACCAUUAGCGACGGUGUGCUUAGCGCUGCUGGCAUUCUUAUCACCCUCCUCUCUAUCAUCAUCGGGGAGAGCUACAGGAUCUACUUCCUGAACGAGGGAUCCAAGUCCUUCGUGGGGAACCCCUACAUAUCCGCUCUGUACAAGCAGUUGGGCGUGUUCAUCUUCGGCUGCGCCAUCAGCCAGUCAUUCACUGACAUUGCCAAAGUGUCGGUGGGCCGCAUGCGCCCUCAUUUCCUCGAUGUGUGCAAACCUGACUUCUCCACCAUCAACUGCUCCCUGGGCUAUAUCACUGACUACCAGUGUCAGGGACCAGAGAACAAAGUUCAGGAGGCCAGGAAGUCUUUCUUCUCUGGUCAUGCAUCCUUCUCCAUGUACACCAUGCUUUACCUGGUGUUUUACCUGCAGUCUCGGUUCACUUGGCAUGGAGCUCGCCUGCUGCGCCCUCUGACCCAGUUCACCCUCAUCAUGAUGUCUUUCUACACCGGCCUGUCCCGUGUGUCUGAUCACAAGCACCACCCCACUGAUGUACUGGCGGGUUUUGUGCAGGGAGCCCUGGUGGCCUACUGCAUAGUAUUCUUUGUGUCUGAUUUGUUCAAGCCAAAAGGUAGACGCUCAACCCUCUUGCCAACACAAGUGAAGAAAGAUCUUGUUCCUCCAGCAGACAUCAGAGAGCGGAGCAACCAUCUCAUCAUGGCAUAGAGACGACUGCAAACUGACUCUACAUAACCCUGUACUGUGCCAUUUCAAUCACUUCUACAGCCAUUGGCCAAUACUGGAUAGAACCAACUCUCAGAAAAAUGGAUAGUGCAGACAACACAUGGAAUCUUUAAACACCUCAGAGGAUGUCAAGUUUCGCUUUCUCGACGGAAAUCUUUUCUCAGACAUUUUAAUGUGGAAAAGAGAGAGGACUUAAGAUAUUUGUACCUCCACUGUUAUGAAGAUUAUUUAAGAUUCUCCUCUGUCGAAGCCUUUCCAUGGACAAAACUCUGAAAAGAAACUGAGAAACGGCAGCUGUAAACAAAGCUGUGUGUGGCUUCUUUUGCCUUCUACCUUCAGCUGCAUCCAGCAUUGGAGCUACACUAAUAUUCCUGCCUCUCACUCACCGUGUAACUAAUACAAACAAAUCAUGACGAAAAAACAGAUUCCUUGAUUUUUAUGAAGGAUGUUGUUUUUGUUACGAACGUAAGCAUUUUAUGUAGGUCUGUACGAUAACUUCUUCUGUUUGACGAUAUAGUGUCCAGAGAUUGUUGCGAUCAACAAUAAUUCUGUUAUUUUAAGACUUACGGAGGUAAUGAUAAUGUUACAGGAUGGCAAUGCAAAUACACCCUUUAAAAGAGAUUACUAUAUAUUUGUAACGAAUAUUCACAUUCUUGGAAGUACAUACCUGUACAAUGAAAGUUUUAUAAUGGAUGAUAAAACACUUGAGUUUAUUCUAAUAUCAGUUUAGGGUAAAAAGUUGGUAAAAUGCGUAGGUAAUCAACAGCAAGUAAACACAACAGGCAAAAUGAUGACGGUCAUGUCAAACAAAUCAUACCAUUAAUCGGUAACCUCAAAGUUAUCGAUGUCAUGUCCAUUUUUCGUACCAUAGGUCAUAAACGAUCAUAAGUGAAAGAUGUCAUGACCAUACAUCAAUUGGGCGUAAAAAUAAUCAAGAUCAGGUCAAUAUUUUCGUACCAUAAGUCAGGAACUUAAUUUUUGUGGCCUAAUUACAUGUGUGAAUUAAUAGCACUAUAUUAGCUUGACUCUGUUUUACCACUUGAUUGACCUGAAGUGAAGCUUUUGGAAAGCUUUGUAAGCAUUUAUGUCCGUAAUGUUGUGUUCCUUAGGAGGAGCACCAAAGUGUUGGAUGUGGGCCUCUUUCUGCUGGCUAGGACGAGCCCCCACUGAGCCAUUUAAUGAAAGUACUAUCUGUUAUAUGUACCAGGCGGGUGCUCAUAAGUGUUAGGUCAGAAUCUGUGUGUGUGUGUGUGUGUGUGUGUGUGUGUGUGUGUGUGUGUGUGUGUGUGUGUGUGUGUGUGUGUGUGUGUGUGUGUGUGUGUGUGUGUGUGUGUGUGUGUGUGUGUGUGUGUGUGUGUGUGUGUGUGUGUGUGUGUGUGUGUGUGUGUGUGUGUGUGUGUGUGUGUGUGUGUGUGUGUGUGUGUGUGUGUGUGUGUGUGUGUGUGUGUGUGUGUGUGUGUGUGUCCCUUGCAUUACUUGUGGGUUAGGGUAGGGUGUUUUGUGAGCGUGCCAGUGUGUCUAAAUGUCAUGUCUAUAUAUUUCAAUGUUUAUAGCCUACAAGUGUGCCUCUCUUCAGUCAGAGAACAGGCACCUGCGCUUACAGACAUAUGCAAUUUGAGAUGGUAACACUGUGGAAAAAUGCAUCACAUGCAGUGCUUGUUCUUUACUGUUACUAAUCAGAGUAAUUAUUUUCAUCACUGAGGAAUCCUUUGAUAUACUGUAUGCUACUCAGACAUAAAUAGACUUUGAGUAAAUACAGGGACUUCCUAGAGAAGCGCUUACUUACAUUAGAUUUUCAGAAUGAAAGCACAAAGAAGCAAAACAUUUUUGGCACAUUGUAAUCGCUUGAAAUCUCAUGAAGUUGAAAAUCAUUGCAUUGAAUUUUAAACUGCGUUUGCAUGACCUUAAUGUGUUUGCUUUUUUUUUUGCAAAAAAACUACUUUAAACCACUGAAAGCGUCAUCUUAACUCAGUUUUAGGUUACUGAGACAACUUUUGAAAAUGUUUAGAGAUGUACUUUAAACGGCAUCAGAAAAUUCUGCAUGCUACCACGCCUUGUACAUUACUGUAAUAUGUAUACAUACAGAAUAUCUCUUGAAUAAAUGCCCACUAUGACUUAUGUGUCGAGACCUGUGUAAAUGUAAAACAUGCUGCUUUAUAGAGGCAGAGCUUGGUGGUCAUCCAAUAAAGGUGACACAUUGUGAAUAUUAAGUCUUUUGAAAAACAUAGCUCAGUACAUGUUUCUUAAAAAUUGCCUUUCCAUAUUUUUGUAUUGUGUGAAAUUUUGUACAAUAAAACUGUAAGACGUAUAAAAGAUAGACUGUCUUUUAAUAAACUACUAAAGUUCAGAA